AGCACAUGUACCCACACAUUCACAUAGCCAUACCUCCAUAGCCAGCCAUCAAUGGUGUCAUUUUGCUGAGCAUUCAUAGCGUAAAUCACAAUCACUUUUGUGUUUUCAAAAACCACUUUUGAGCCAAACUUGAGUUUACAGGUACCUAAUAUUUGUUGUGUGACCACUAACUCAUCCCGAUCUAUAUAUUACAGUAGACAUGGAGGGCGAUGGAGACGAUGAGUAUCACGGGGGUGGUGGGUCCGGUGCCUCGGCUACCUAUCCCGUGCAGUGCUCGGCGUUACGCAAGAAUGGCUUCGUUAUGAUUAAGGCCCGGCCCUGUAAGGUGGUCGAGAUGUCAACGUCCAAGACCGGCAAGCAUGGACACGCCAAGGUUCACUUGGUGGGCAUCGACAUAUUCACCAAUAAGAAGUACGAGGAUCUGUGUCCGUCGACCCAUAACAUAGACGUGCCUAACGUGAGCCGCAUUGAGUACCAGCUCAUUGACAUCCAGUCGGACGGGUAUAUCAGUCUCAUGAACGACAAGGGGGACACCCCUACCGGUGCCAAUGAGCUCAGGGAUGAGCUGUUACGGAAAGGGGAGGAACUGGAUCAAACACUAACCACCAUCAUAGCUACUCUAAAACGAAUGGACCCUGUUAAAAAUCUCCCAUUAAUACAACACUGGGCUAAGCUUAUGAACGACAUGGACGGCCUACUAUAUUUACUUAAACAGGAACACCUACCGGACAAGGAUGUCACACAAAUAUGUAUUAAACUACAGGGUGUCAUUGCUCAGAUUGAACAUGAUAUGCAACUAUACCCUGUACCUACUGAAAAACCUACCAUACCUACUAUACACACCAAAGCUACUGAUCCUACUGUAAAGCCUACUACUGAUGCCCCAGUGCCCACUGAAUCACCCACUGGCCCAACACCACCCUCAACCUUACCGCACACUAUAUCUACCCUGAGCACAGUUACCCAGGUGACUCAUGGGACUACAGGUCAGCCUAUUGUACCAUGUGAUGAGAUACAGGGUAUGAUGGAUAAGGCCAGGGAUCUAAAACCCCAAGCCGAUGCUGCUGUGACCAAGUUGAAUGACCAUGCUACCGGUGCCAAUGAGCUCAGGGAUGAGCUGAUACGGAAAGGGGAGGAACUGGAUCAAACACUAACCACCAUCAUAGCUACUCUAAAACAAUUGGACCCUGUUAAAAAUCAGCCAUUAAUACAACACUGGGCUAAGCUUAUGAAUGACAUGGAUGGUCUGCUAUACCUACUUAAACAGGAACACCUACCGGACAAGGAUGUCACACAACUCUGUACUAGACUACAAAGUGUCAUUGAUCAGAUUGAGCAUGAUAUACAGCUAUACCCUGUACCCACUGAAAAACCUACCGAACCAACUAUACCUACAGUGUCUACCGAUCCUACUGUUAAGCCUACCACUGAUACCCCAGUGCCCACUGAAUCAUCCACUGGCCCGACACCACCACCUACCCUACCACCCACUGUAACAUUGUUUAGUACAGUUACCCAGGUAACCCAGGCAACUACAACUAGUCAGCCCAUUAUGACUUGUGAUGAGAUUAAAAGUAUGAUGGAUAAGGCAAAUGAGCUUGUUGCUAAUUACUAUAAAUGUUAAUUCUAUUAAAAUUGCAAUUAACAAGCUAAUA